CUGAUUUCCUUUUUUUUCCCAUCAAAACAUCUAGACAGUGUCAAAAAUGAAUUAAUCCAAAUUUUCGUACAAACAAAUAAUCAAAAAAAUGCCCAAACCAAAAACGCAAUCGAGAUUAGUGAAGUCUCCAUCUCCAGUUCGCUCUAUACGUCCUGUUCGGGUUAAAAAAAGUGAUUCUUCGCCAUCGCCGCCAUGCAGGACAAGUCUGCUAGAUCUGCCGGAGGACAUUAUCAGACUGGUUCUCGAGUUUCUGCCCAAGAUGACCGAUAAGGUUCUGCUGGCAUGUGUGGCGCCCAAGUUCCGAAUGGCCUUCGAGGGCUGGGCGAGAGUGCAACGAAAUGUAUUGGAUAUGGACAGCCUGGAGACGGUGCCUCUGCCGCAAUUGAUCAGGUUCUUUAAGGUGGCGGGGCCUUUUAUCAGAGUCCUUCAAGUGGACUGUGCGUCCUUCCAAAAGGAAUCCCUUCUGGUGGAGUUCGUAAAGGAAUACUGCCCCAAUCUGGAGGAGAUCGGUUACACGAAUGCCACCGACGAGUUUCACUACCGAUCGAUUAUGUCCAAAAUGACGCAUUUGAAACGGGUUACUAUUGAGUGUUUGGACGCAGAGGAUGUGCUCAACUUUGAUCUGCAGCCUAACCAGGAGCUUGAGUUUUUUGAACUGGUUAAUGGUUGCUAUACAGGCAAAAAUCUCUGCGGGUUUCCCAAUCUUAAAACUUUGGUCCUUCGAGACUGUCUGUUAUGGAACUCGCUGGAGUUUGGAAUACCCCUUAAGUCGUUGAACACUCUAGAUCUCGACGACUGUUGCUUUGAGGUUAUGAAUGAAAGUUUGUACCAGAAAAUAGCCGAGAGUUGCUCGAACUUGGUGGAACUCUUCUUCUCCGGCUGCGAUACCAACUUCGAGGUAAUUGCCCACCUGCCCAAGCUGGAGCGCUGUACUUUGAAGACCUGGAUGACCUCCAACGAGCUGAAUAUUGGCUUCCUUACCGUAUUGGCAGAAAAACGAGGAAACAAACUGACCCAUUUGCACCUAUCGGGUCAGUUUCAGAUCACCAAUGAGCACGCCAGAUGUUUGGGACAGUUGAGUAGCCUCACGGAUCUGCGGUUCAGCAACAACGAUAUCCUGGAUGAUGAUCACUUCAAGUUCUUCAACGAGCUCAUCCAGCUUGAGCGAUUCGGGCUGACUUCGUGUGGUCGGGUGAUGGACAUCGGAAUGAUGAGAAUGCUGCGAAAGUGUCUUCAGUUGAAAGUGAUUGAUUUGAACGACUGCGAGCAGAUCACCGACGAGUUUGUGAUCAACGCCAUUGGAUUCUGCUCCAAGGGAUCAGGUCGUGAUGUUUUGCUUAACGUACAGGGAACCAAGAUCAGGCAGACUAUAUUGACGCAUCCGGACUACGUAGAUUCCUUGAAUCGUGUAAAGGUUAACUUUAAUUAAAACGACAAGGAUGGGAAAACAAUUUGGUAAGGCACAUGUAACAUUUCUUAAAAUCAUUUUACCAAGUUCUGGGCUGCAAAAGAAAUGUUUCUUAUGAAAUAUCUAAAAUUAUUUCUCUAAGUAAUAGCCAAUCCAGAAGAGUGUGAGUGUUUUGUGAAUAUAUUUCCUAUAAGGAACCCUAGCUUAGAUUUCUGGAUUAGGAAACAGCCUAUUGUAAGAGCACUUUCAAUUAAACUCCUACCCAUAAGUGGACCAUUCGAUGCCCUUGUACCGCAGAUUCCUAAGACAAUAGGAUCCUCACUGGACUGAGUCAUGGUCCAGAGGCUGCAAUAAGGAAGUGGACGAUCGAAAUUUAUGAUCAUGCUCACACUGUGCUCCAUUAGCACGCCAAUAACUGCGGACAAGCGUGUGUGCUGCUGCUGCACUUUGGGCCUUUGGCUGUAAUACGAGUAACAAAGCUUGCCCGUCAAACGGCUAGCAAGCCAAACGAAUAAAAACAAAAUCAAACAAUACGAUAUUCGAUACAGUUCUGAAUCCGCGAUUCAAUUCGAUUCAAUUCGAUUCGAGCGAUCGAUCGCCGGCCAUAAAUUUCGUAUUCAAUUGCUGCUCUAUUGGAACUGAACUUUGUUGCUUCGGCUGCUGAUGAUGUCUGUGUUAGCAGCAGGAAGCUAAAAAACCGCUCAGAUCAGCGGCCAGUUGGUUACACUUGGAAAAAAGAAAUUUUUAGAAAUAACUCACAUGUAUUAUUAUAUAGCAGGCUAAGUCGUGUGAACUUAAACUCUAUUUCGAUCUAAAUCAUCAGUGGAAUCAAUUAAAUCUUAAGCAAAA